AUGAAACUAGUUUCAAAGACAGUGACUAAAAAUGGAGGAGAUAUUGUUUUGAUUCCAGAAGACGCUGAUGAUCUAUGGACUCUAUACAACCUAAUAACUAAAAAUGAUGAAAUUUCACUGAAAACUUAUAGAAAUAUCAAACCAUUAGGUGCUUCGGGAAUACCCAUCCCAGGUGCACCAGCACAGAGGAAACUAGUCAAGUUGACACUCAACGUGAUUGACUCCACGUUCGUUGCUUCUGAACGGGAGCUGCGAGUCAAGGGUGUUACUACUAACGCUCUAGCUGAAGUUCCAUUAGGGUCUCACCAUACAGCCACAGUGAUGAUCAAAGAACCAGUCAAGGUUCACAAGGAUAUUUGGGAUUCCCACGAUGAUGAAUUGGUGGAUAAUGCUUGCACGCUGGAAGCAAAAGCUGAAGUUGGCGCUGUAGUACUUGAAGAAGGUGUCUCGCACAUAUGUUUGAUAUCGGAUUCAAUGACUAUCCUUAGAAACAAGAUUGAAAAGUCCAUACCUAAGAAAAGGAGAGGUGAUUCCUCAGCCCAUGAUAAAGCAUUGAAUACAUUCUUACAAAACACUGCCUUAGGGACAAUGAGACAUCUAGACCUAUUGAAAUUGAAGGCAAUUAUAGUUGCAUCUCCUGGUACUUUGAAUAAACAACUAAUAGAGAAAAUAUUCCUUGAAAUAGAUAAAACAAGUAACAAAGACUUGAUUAGAUGCAAAUCGAAAUUUAUGACGGCUAACUCUAGUACUGGUUAUUUACAGGCAUUGGAAGAAGUUUUGAAAGAUCCAAGUGUAAAGAAACAAUUGACAGAUACCAAAGUUCAGAAGAAUGUUGCCUUAUUUGAUGAAUUCACGAAAAACCUAAACCUUGAUAACUACAAAUCUUUCUAUGGUGAGAGUGAAGUAAUGAAGGCAAUCGCUAUACCAGGUGCCGUUAAAACGUUGCUCAUUACCGAUACCCUAUUCAAAAAUGAUGAUGUGGAAAAACGUAAAAAAUAUAUUAAUAUUGUCGAAUCAGUUAAGAACAAUGGCGGCGAAGUUUCUGUAUUUUCCUCACUUCAUGAUUCUGGUAUCCAAUUGGACCAGUUGACUGGUCUUGCAGUUAUAUUGAACUACCCAAUUCCCGAUUUAGAAGAUUCCGAUGAUGACGACGAAAGUAUAUACCAAUCGGAUUAA